CAUACAUAUAUAUUUCAUAAAUUUAUUAUUAAUAAAUGUAUAUACAACAUUAACUGAUUGGCACUAGAGAUUGAUAAACUUUUUUUUCGUAAAAUUAAUGAUCAUAUGCAUAUAUAUUUUUAUACUACUUAUGCAUGCAUUAGUUCACAAAAGAUCGCUCUCUUCUUUCCUGUCUCUAUCUCUUCCUCUCUAUAUCUCCCUCCCCCCUCUCUCUUUCUCACACUGUAUCUUUUACUGUCUUUUUCUUUUUCCAUACUGAUAUUACACAAUUCCGUGUAGAUCGUCAUUAGUACGGAUGAAAGUAUCAACAAUACUAGUUCGGAUUAUCGCUAAUUCUAUAACAAGAAACUUAAUUCCUGAGAAGCACACGUGUGAAAGAAGUGACACUGACGAAAACCAGCAAGGACGGAUCUUUCACACGCGGUUUUCACAUCAAGAAUCCCCACAAGAUGAUCGUGGAUUUGCGGCAAUCGUUAAGAGACAAGAUUAGCAAAAAUGAAAUAUUUUGUAGCUUUGAAAUCGCUUCCAUGAGAAAACCCAAUGCAUUUUACCGAAGGUCUGUACAACGAGAGAAAUUGGGCCGAAUUACUGCAUGAUGAAUUUUAAUUAAAACAAUUACAUAUAAUAAGACAAUGGAUAUUAGACUUCUCGCAGAUAUGGAAGAGUAUUCGCCCCUCUUUUACGCGUUAACGUGGCAUAACGAAGCAACUUCCAACAACGAAGACUAUCUAUUGGAUUUGAUGGAAAAUUUUCCACCCCAUACCCUUUUACAUCUAGUGGCUAAGAGUCUAAAGCGUGACGAUGUCGUUCAUAUCCUGAAAAAAGCACUUGCCUUGGGAAUCGUUAAUAUAUUUGCAAUUCGAGGAGAUUCAUUAUCCAAGAGUGGUGAUUUCGAGCAUGCAUCGGAUUUGGUUGCUUUUAUCAGAGAACAAUUUGGCGAUACAUUUUGCGUGUGCGUCGCUGGUUAUCCGCAAAAGCAUCCAGAAUCACCCUCCAAGGAACUCGACUUACAUUACCUGAAAGCGAAAGUAGAAGCGGGCGCGGAUUUUAUUAUUACGCAAAUAUGCUUCGAGUCUCAAGUUGUGAUAGACUUUGUGAGGAAUUGCCGGAAGAUUGGAAUUCAUAUCCCGAUCCUACCCGGACUCUUCGCGCCAGCGAGUUACGCGUCUUUGCAGAAAAUGACGGACAUCUGUAGGCUUGAUGUGCCAAUUGAAAUUGAAAACGAUUUGGCACGAAUGAAGAACGAUGAUCAAGCAACGAGGGAAUAUUCAGUCGACAUGAUAGUACGAAUAAUUAAGGAUGUGAAAGGAAGCGGAGUCACAUGUGGUUUUCAUUUAUUUACUUUGAACAGAUUAUUGUUGGUAGCAGAAAUAUGUAAACGCGUAGAAUUGCUCAAAGGAGAAAACUCAUAGUACGUAGCGCCGAAAUUCACCAUGUUCCAGGUCACAUUUCAGAAAUGUUACAAAUUGAACGAAAAAUAGAUCAAGUUGAUUUUUGUACAAAACAAAAUAAAAUCGAUUGUUACGUCCUGGAGGGUGCGGGGCCAAGCGGUGUGCCAUCCGUCAGGAGCGUAACUUGGUUCAAUA